ACAUAAAAGUAGAAAAUCUUAAUGAUAACUCAACAGUGAACAGGGAACGUCUAACCAGUAAACAAUAUGGGCCAGUUUUCGAGUAUGCUAGUGCUAAUAAGUCUUAUAGCUAAUGUAAGCGCCGAGUGUAAGACUUGCCAAACUCAAACCCAUGUUGCGUGCCAUAAUGAAAAUACAUUUUCGAUUUGCGUCAAUGGCUCGGCAACCAAGGACUAUAUAGUAUGUCCUGAGAAUUUUCACUGCACUGAUGACAUAUUUACUUGCAUACCAAGAGCAAUAGGAAUUUCCAAUUGCCCACAACCAACAACAACCACCACAACCAUUAAGCCUACAGUAAGGACAACGCGAGAUCCAAAUACAAUCUGCAGAGACGUCGAAAAUAAAAAAAAACAUUAUCGAAACGAACUUGAUGCUACCUGCAGAACGUAUAUAAUUUGCUACUCCUUGGAAAACAUUUGGCAGGGCAAGGUAUUAAACUGUCCCCAAAAUAUGUGGUUCAGCCAGCAGGGAUAUUGUACAAGUUUAAAACCAACUGACUGCAAAUAA